AUGCUCACCGGAAACACCUUCGACCCAAACAAUGACAUUCCCGACCUCAGCGGAAAAGUCUUCGUCGUAACAGGCGGCAGCGCAGGAAUCGGCUACGGCAUCUCCGCCCACAUCCUCCAACACAACCCCCAAAAGCUGUACCUCCUCGGCAAAAAGCAACACCACCUCGACGAAGCAGCCGAAGGCCUCAAGAAAUUCGGCGAUGUCUCACGCGUUGAAUUCGUGCAGGUCGAGUUUGAAGAUCUUCACCAGACGGACCAAGUCGCCAAGAAAUUAGCGUCCGAGUUGACGAGGCUUGAUGCGCUUGUCCUCAACGCCGGAUUGGGCGUGGGGCCGUAUGGCGAGACGAAGGAUGGGAUUGAUAGUCAUAUGCAGGUCAAUGUCUUUGCGCAGCAUCAUUUGGCUAUGACGCUUUUGCCCAAGCUUGUUGCUACGCCUGAUAGCAGACUUUGUCUUCAGUCGUCAGACAUGCAUCGCGCAGCACCAAGCUCUAUCAAAUUCGCCAACCUGGAAGAAAUCAACACAGACAUCGGUCCAGCCUACCUCUACAACCGCACCAAGCUCGCGCAGAUCCAUCUCGUCCGCGCGCUUCACCGUCGCAAGCAACGAGGCGAACUAGGCAUGAAGCCCGGCCAAGCGCCAUGGAUCAACGCAACGCAUCCCGGCGGUGUGAAGACGGAUCAGCAGGAGCAGGCCAUUGAUGCCUAUGGGACUUUGGGAAAGGUUGGUGUUGCCCUGGUCAGGCCCUUUAUGAAAGAUCCGGUUGAUCAGGGCUGUCGGCCGAUUUUGUUUGCGGCGACGAGUGAUGCGAUCAGAGAGGAGGGAAUUGAUGGGUGUUAUAUUGUUCCGGAUAGGAAGGUUACUGAACCUACCUCACAGGCACUGGAUGAGGAACUGGGAGAGCAGUGUUGGAGGCUUACGGAGAUGAUUCUAAAGGAGAAGCUUGGGUCUGCUGCGCAGUGA